AUGGUGUCCGCGUUCGAGGCUCAGCAGAUCUAUAAAUCGGCCAUUCAUUUUGACGGCCUGAAUAUAGCCAACUGGUCGAGAGAUAUCUUCGAGGCCUGGAAUAAAGGUGGCAUUACCGGAGUUUCGUGCACGUGCGGGUUAUGGGAGGGUUUCAGAGAGUCCAUUGCCAAUGUUGUGCAGUGGAAAAAAUGGUUUGAGCAGCACUCCGACCUGAUCGUUCAGGCUCACACAGUGGCAGACAUACGGCAGGCCAAACGCGAUGGCAAGACGGCUGUUUUGCUCUCUUGGCAGAAUACGGCUGGGAUUGAAGACAAACUGGACUAUCUACGCGUGUUUCGUGACCUCGGCGUGCGCAAGAUGCAGCUCACGUACAACACACAGAACUACUCAGGGGCCGGUUAUACCGAGUUAAACGACUCCGGCCUGACUGGAUUUGGACGCGAAGUUGUUGACGAGAUGAGCAAACUCGGAAUUGUGCUUGACCUGAGCCAUGUAGGCCCCAAAACCAGCGAGGACGCCAUUAAUUAUGCCAGCAAGCCGCCGUGUUUCUCACACGUGUUACCCGGGGGGCUCAAGGAUCACCCUCGGAAUAAGUCCGACCAUCUCAUCAAGCUUAUUGGAUCAAAGGGUGGUUUUGUUGGUCUUUCACAGUUUGGACCACACAUGGCCAAAGGCAAUGAUAGUACUAUCGAUGACUACGUUGCUGCGCUGGAUUAUGUUAUUGGGUUGAUUGGAGAAGAUUUAGUUGGUAUUGGAUCUGAUUCAAGUGAGGGCCAUGGCCGACCGAGUGAGUUUAUGGCUUGGUGUAACAAGGACAAGGGAUAUGCUCGCAGUUUGACUCCAUGGGGAAGUCAGCAGGUCGUCAAGCCUCUAGGUCCACUGGCAGAGCGCGAAAAGCUAGCCGAAGCCAUGGCUAGAGCAGGCUGGUCUGAAGAGAAAAUGCGCAAAGUUCUUGGGGAGAACUGGUUGAACUACCUGGAAAGGAUUUUUGGUCAAUGA